AUGAGUGCUUUCUUACCAGAUACCACAUUGUUGGGUGCAGUUUACUUCAGAAUGAAUUCGGACGUGAAGUAUGCAAAAAUGCAUUUUAUUCGUUUCAAGAAUUGUAUUGUAUCGAAUAUAUCACUAUGGAAGUAUUGCGAAUUUCAUUCGGAUCAUUGUAUAAAUCUAGUUUUUAUGAAAGAUUUUGAAAAGCUACCGCUUGUGGGUUUUUCGGUCUGUUCUGGUAUCGAAAUCAUUAGGGAAAAAUUGCAUCCCAGUAAUACAGUGGCCUUCAAGAGUUGGGAUUCACCGGAAAUGCCAUUAUGGGCUAAGAAUCGGGUGGGAGCAGAUGAUUAUCUUCGAAUACUCAUACGAUUUGAAAAGAAACGCAUGGGUGUCCGUUUCCGCCUUAAUUCAUUACCGCCAUCGUGUUGUGUCUAUUUUGAUUACCUUCCCAAUCAUCCGGUGGAAGAAUUGUACUUAGCACUGACAAGCUAUGAAAUGUUUAAUGAAGAGGGCACACCUCUUAUUGCAAUUUUAAAUCCUUUUGAAAUGUUUACGUGGACAGCGCAAAAGAAAAAAAAAGCUGUCGACAAUGAGGAACAAGAAACUUUUAAUCCGCUGGUUGAAAUCGAGGCAUCUACAUCCGACAAGGUCGCAACACCGAUGUGUACAUUUUGCUUAGAACGACCCAUCGAUAUGCUUCUAAUGCCAUGCAAUCAUGCAGUAUGUUGUAAAAAUUGCAAGGAUAAUUACAUAAGCUAUGAACGGAAGCGAAAUAAAGCGAAAAAUAUGUCAAUGGAAGUUGUAUGUCCAAUUUGUCGGAAAAAAAUUGAAGGUGUUGCACAAAUUUGGUUUCCCAAAAUCUAUCGCUGUUUGCUGUGUACAAAUGAUUGUGAUACGAUGUCAGCAGUUGCUGGUGGUGAAAAUGGUUGUGGAUGUGUUAUCGGAUGUUAUGAGAAAGCGCGGAAAUUAUGUGACGAUGGUGGUUCAUGUCCGCAUUGUCAUAAACAACUUAUCGAUGUGUUGCAAAUUUUCAUUCAAGAUGAUCGAGAUUGA